AUGGGGAAUAUGUUUGCAAAUUUAUUUAAGGGCCUAUUUGGCAAAAAAGAAAUGAGAAUAUUGAUGGUUGGUUUGGAUGCAGCUGGUAAAACCACAAUUCUAUAUAAACUCAAAUUAGGAGAAAUCGUAACAACAAUUCCUACAAUUGGCUUUAAUGUGGAGACAGUAGAAUACAAAAACAUCAGUUUUACUGUAUGGGAUGUUGGUGGUCAGGACAAAAUUAGACCAUUGUGGAGGCAUUACUUCCAAAACACACAGGGUCUUAUCUUCGUUGUAGACAGUAAUGACAGAGAGCGUAUAGGAGAGGCGCGUGAGGAGCUAAUGCGAAUGUUAAGCGAAGACGAGUUGCGGGACGCAGUACUCUUGAUCUUUGCAAACAAACAGGACCUGCCCAACGCGAUGAACGCGGCCGAGAUAACGGACAAGCUGGGCCUGCACUCCUUGCGCAACCGCAACUGGUACAUCCAGGCGACGUGCGCCACCUCCGGGGACGGGCUCUAUGAGGGACUGGACUGGCUCUCCAACCAGCUCAAGAACGCCAACCGCUAA